UGUGUAUCUGUAGGAAUCUGUCGGUAACGUUUGUGCUCAGCGGUGCUUCUGUGGCUUACAAAAAUGGACGCGUUAAAUAAGCUGAAACAGUUUGACGCUUAUCCCAAAACUCUGGAGGAUUUCCGAGUGAAGACGUGGGGAGGAGCGACCGUGACGGUCAUCAGCGGAGUCAUCAUGUUGAUCCUGUUCAUCUCUGAGCUGCAGUACUAUCUCACUAAAGAGGUUCACCCCGAGCUUUACGUCGACACGUCGCGAGGAGACAAACUGAAAAUCAACAUCGACGUCAUUUUCCCACACAUGCCCUGCGCCUAUCUCAGUAUAGAUGCGAUGGACGUGGCCGGCGAGCAGCAGCUGGACGUGGAACACAAUCUGUUCAAACAGCGGCUGGACACAGACCUGAAAGCUGUGACCCUCGAGGCAGACAAACACGACCUCGGUAUGGCGGACGACGGUGAAGUGUUCGACCCCAGUUCACUGGACCCAAACAGAUGUGAGAGCUGCUACGGAGCCGAGACCGAAGACCUCAAAUGCUGUAACACCUGUGACGACGUGCGGGAGGCGUACCGGCGGCGAGGCUGGGCGUUCAAGAACGCCGACACCAUCGAGCAGUGCAAGAGGGAGGGCUUCUCCCAGAAGAUGCAGGAGCAGAAGAACGAAGGCUGCCAGGUCUACGGCUUCCUGGAGGUCAACAAGGUGGCCGGAAAUUUCCACUUUGCUCCGGGAAAAAGUUUCCAGCAGUCUCAUGUCCACGUGCACGCUGUGGAAAUUCACGACCUGCAGAGUUUCGGAUUAGACAACAUAAACAUGACCCAUCUGAUAAAACACCUGUCGUUCGGUAAAGAUUACCCCGGCAUCGUGAACCCUCUGGACGAGACGGACGUCACGGCGCCACAAGCAUCAAUGAUGUACCAGUAUUUUGUGAAGAUUGUUCCCACCAUCUACGUGAAAACUGAUGGAGAGGUGGUAAAAACGAACCAGUUCUCGGUCACCAGACACGAGAAAGUGGCCAACGGGCUGAUAGGAGACCAGGGCCUGCCGGGCGUGUUUGUUUUAUACGAGCUGUCGCCCAUGAUGGUUAAAUUCACAGAGAAACACAGAUCAUUCACACACUUCUUAACGGGGGUUUGUGCCAUCAUUGGAGGCGUGUUUACAGUGGCCGGUCUGAUCGACUCGCUCAUCUACCACUCGGCUCGGGUCAUCCAGAAGAAGAUAGAGUUGGGCAAGGCGUCCUAACGCCGCCCCCCCCCCACACUGACCCCCCCUGCCGGCCUCCACGGUGCAAAACGGACCGAGACAACGGACAGAAGAGACGGACACAGAAGAGGGACAGACAGACGGAGACGGAAGCAGUUUGUCUUUCUGUCUUCUGUCAGAUGGAGUGACAGAACACAGAGAGAGGUUCUAAAGCACCGGAGAGGAACUUGUGGGACUUUUUUUCAGGGUUUUUUUUUUGCUCUCCGCUGUUUAAUUUCAAUGCCGACGGGUUCAGAAUCAGAGAGGACGACGACGCCUCGUCUGCCUCCAGAAGCUCCUCGGUGGGGAAAAGAGGAAACCUCCUUCCCUCACUUCCUGCUCACUUCCUGUUUAACGACCGCCGCCACACUGAAUGUCCGUUAGAGGAUCCAGAGGGGCGAAGAUGAGACUUUAAUGGAAUACGUCACCCAAAAUCAUACAACCUGGUUUGUACGAACAUUUCUUUUAAGCAGAAUCACAGACUCUCAAUACAACAAAUAUAUUGAGACGCCUUUAAGGAUAAAUUUGGUCAUAUUUUAUACUUUUUAUUGUCAACAAAUCCCAUGAACUAAGCAAAACCAGCAACAACUUAUCCUGCUAACUUGUCUUUGUAUCCACAUAUCUUAUUCCUCUGUGUCACAGCGCUCCGUUGUCGUCCAAAAACAUUAAAAACACACCGAUGAGUCUCACUGUUGCACUGGGGGACACUUUCCUUCAUUGUGAACACACACAC